GGGGAGGACAGCAGGUGCAGACAAACAGACAGACGGACGGACGGGGCCAUGGACACGGGCUGCGCGGGGCUCGGCUGCCUUCUGGUUGGCCUGGCUUUCCUGCUCACAGGGGCUGGCAGCUCUGAUGCAGAGCAUCGCCUAUUUGACCGGCUGUUUGAGGGCUAUAAUGAGAUCAUCCGACCAGUGGCCAAUGUGUCUGAUCCAGUCAUCAUCCAUUUUGAGGUGUCCAUGUCCCAACUGGUAAAAGUGGAUGAAGUUAACCAGAUUAUGGAAACCAACCUCUGGCUGAAACAUAUCUGGAAUGACUACAAGCUUAAGUGGAAUCCCGCUGACUACGAUGGGGCUGAGUUCAUGCGUGUGCCCUCUCAGAAAAUAUGGAAGCCUGACAUCGUGCUAUAUAAUAAUGCAGUUGGGGAUUUCCAGGUUGAUGACAAGACCAAGGCCCUGUUGAAAUACACAGGAGAAGUCACCUGGAUGCCUCCCGCCAUCUUUAAGAGUUCAUGCAAAAUAGACGUGACUUACUUCCCAUUUGACUACCAAAACUGCACCAUGAAGUUUGGUUCCUGGUCCUAUGAUAAAGCUAAAAUCGACUUGGUGCUGCUCGGCUCGUCUAUGAACCUCAAAGACUACUGGGAAAGUGGCGAAUGGGCCAUCAUCAACGCCCCUGGGUACAAGCAUGACGUCAAGUACAACUGCUGUGAAGAGAUUUAUCCUGACAUCACUUACUCUCUCUACAUCCGGCGCCUGCCUUUGUUCUACACCAUCAACAUGAUCAUUCCCUGCCUGCUGAUUUCUUUUCUGACGGUGCUGGUGUUCUAUCUGCCUUCCGACUGUGGGGAGAAAGUGACCCUCUGCAUCUCGGUCCUCUUGUCCUUGACCGUGUUCCUCUUGGUGAUCACUGAGACCAUCCCUUCCACAUCUCUGGUCAUCCCCCUGAUCGGAGAGUACCUCCUGUUCACCAUGAUUUUUGUCACCCUCUCCAUCGUCAUCACCGUCUUCGUUCUCAAUGUUCACUACCGCACGCCCAAGACUCAUACGAUGCCCCAGUGGGUGAAGACCAUAUUCCUGAACUGGCUGCCCAAAAUCAUGUUCAUGGCCAGACCCUCAAGCAGUGAGGAGGCUUCGCAGAAGUCCAGGCCUUUCUCCGGUGCCGAGCUCUCCAACCUCAACUGCUUCAGGGGCGCCGAGGCAAAAUGCUGCAAGGGGGGCUCGUCUUGCCAAGAUGGGACGUGUGGCGUCUGCCGCCACCAGAGGGUCAAGCUCUCCAACCUGAGCUCCAACCUUCCAAGGAGCUCCAGCUCAGAAUCUGUGGAUGCCACGGUCUCCUUCUCCAUUCUGUCCCCAGAAAUGAAAGAUGCGAUUGAGAGCGUCAGAUACAUUGCUGAAAACAUGAAGGCGCAGAAUGAGGCCAAGGAGAUUCAAGAUGAUUGGAAAUAUGUUGCCAUGGUCAUUGACCGCAUUUUCCUGUGGGUUUUCAUUCUGGUUUGUAUUUUAGGAACAGCAGGGCUGUUCUUGCAACCCCUGAUGACAGGAGAUGAAGUAUAGGUGACAUCGAUCAGGAAAGCCAUUCUGACUCCCAGCCGAAGCUGUUGUUCCAUUGUCCGAGAGCUCUGUCCCCCAACUUUCUUUAAGGAAAUAGACGUCUCUCUGGGUGCCGUCGGUAUCCUUGCACUUCCUUUGUUUUCAGCUAGUAAAUUUUUCCUUUUUAACUCACCCACUUACACUUUAACUGCCUUCACUUCACUAACCUCUAACACCUUAACACCACUUACACCCAGGUUUGCACCAAGCAAGAAGACAGUGUAUUGAUGCAUUUAUCCAUCAUAACAGUGUGGAUAACCAAAUUUUAUAAAUAAUGCAACAUGGGGAAAAUAACAAAUAAAUAUCAGAAAGCCUAAUUCUUCUAUGUGGGAAUUAGGUAUAUUCAGCAUAAUUCAGUUCAGCAAAAUUUUAUUAAGCGCAAGGCACUGGGGAUACAAGGACGAAAAAACAGUUUCCAUCUUCAAAGAGUUUACCUUUUAGUAGAAGCCAAAUUAUAUGCACAAAUAAGGAAAGGAUCAGAUACAGAGACUGGAAAGGAUCCUAGGCAAUCAUCCAAUCAGAUUUCAAGCUGGAAGGGACCCUUUUGUUUUACAGAUUAGGAAACUGAGGCCCAAAAAGAUUAAGCGACUCAUCCAAGGUGACAUAGUAGAAUCAGGAUUUGAACCCAGAUCUUUUUACUCCAAAUCCAUUGUGAUCAGAAGAGAAAGAAAAGAAAUCUAGAGAGUGCUAGGAGAAAUUUAUGAAAGAGUAGCUCAUUGUCUGCUGGCAGGAGGAGGCCAGGGAAGGCUUCCAGGAGGAGGUGAAGGAGCCUCUUUAACAGUUAAGAGAGGAUUGCUAGAAAGGAAACCUGGAUAGAGUUUGAAGGCAUUUAAAGGGGACUAGACUUGUGAUUUCAUUGGUACAUCUAGGCAGCAAGGUAGCACAGUGUAAGAAGGCUCGAUUUGGAGUC